AUGGCUGAACACCAGGACCCUGGAGUACUACGCUGGUAUGACAGCUCCCGCCCUAUGUUCAUCGACCUCGUCGGUGACUAUGCAGGCAAAGAGCUGUUCUUACUUGAAGGCGACUCUCUAUUAAGAGAGUGUUUUGAAGACGAAAGAAUAGAUUUCCAAUCUGGAUUUCAAUUACUUCACGCAGUUUAUGUAGUUGAGAAAUUUCUGGAGAAUCUAGUAAAGCGACACUGCUCCUUUCACAUUGCAUUUUUCGAAGAAAACUCCGAGCUAUGCAUCCCGCCAGGGCUGUCCAAAGCGCUUCGAUCGCGUUACUUGUUGGCCAGAAGCGUCAUCAAGGCUCACUUGACUCUUCGCCUCCCCUCAUCGCAACCGAAUGUGUUAAUCAACACAUUCCCAACUUUGGAAAGUGAGGAAUUCGCAGAAUAUCUCCAUGUAAAUCCUAUACACUUCGUUAUGGUGCAUGAUGGAUCCUCUCGAUCAAUGAACACCUCAUCUGAGAACUCGGAAGAUGAAAAGCUGGCAAAGGUUCUUCUACGAGGAAUGAUCUGGUGGUGGAACACGCAUCCGCUUAAUGUUGCCCUCAUCAAUCGUAUAGAAUUCAGAGAUUCGAAGGUUUUUACCAUGAUCGUCGAGAGCUUUACGGCUUCUAGCAAGACGAAGCUUCUCAAGACGGCAAAAGUUAUCGAUGAAAUCAAGGAGGCCAGCAAGCUGCUAAGAAAGCUGCGGGCAACCGACGAAGGAUUACAGGUCAGAGUAGAAGAUCUGGAGGAGCUUGAAGAGGAUUCAUCGAUUGAGAACGAGUCCGAAAGUUAUUAUCUGUCGGCAUACGCCGUCUCCGCCCUUCUCAGGAAUAAAGAUUGCGAUAUAUUCAUGGCAUCCGCAUUCGUAAUCCACAGCAUCUUGUUGAAACAUGUACCUGUCUCUGAGCGACGCCUUCCCCUUGUAACCUUCGACAAGGAUUUCGAAGACCAAAUCAAUGAAUUCAUUGCCAAAUUAUCCAGCGUCUUGCGCUAUACUAUAGAGGAUGCUGCAUGGACCGAUCUCAUGGCGAGCAAGGAAGCAGAGCGAGAUACUGUUGACCUUAUCGAUGGCCGUCUAUUCAGAGUUGUUAUUCAAGCUAUGUGUGAUGACACCCUGAAAACCGCAUUUCCUCUAGCUGCUCGUAAGCACUGGUCUGUGCUUUCCAGCCUUGUAAAGCAACUUGCAGAUCAAGAGCUCUCAAUACAAGGUAGCACAGAACCCGAAUCAUCAGAGUCGAGCGCUUCAAAGAGCGACUUCGAGCGAUCCGAAGAGAACCUUGCUGUUUUGCCAUUUUCUCACCCUGUUUUUGACAAGCACUUGGAAUGCAUUCAUGUAGAAACAGAAACAUCCCUACCCGCUCGACUUGGGUCAAUGAAGCUUUACCGAGAGACGACUCAUUGGCAUAACCACAAGAAGCCCUUGACUACCAAGCCCCCUGUUGCGCAAAAAGUUUCCAAGUGGCGAAACCCUCUUCGAACGAAUCAAUUCUAUAUGAAGGAAAUGACUACAUAUGCCGCAUCUCUUACUGGAGCUACUGGGAAAGCUCUAGAUGCAGAGACGAUCACCGUGGGUCCCAAGCAACUAGUCAAGAUACCCGAGGCCAAAACCCCCAAAGCUUCAGCGCCUUCAUCUUCCAAGGAGAAUGCACCUGAGGCUCGAGCUCCGAGCAAAGCUGCAGCAGCUAAAAAGGGAACCAAGAAGGCUGCAGCUGGGCUCUCGAAGAAGGAGCAGAUGAAAGCCGAUAACACAGAGCGGAAGGGCGGAAACGAGGCAGACAAGGCUUUCAAUGCUUGGGGUACUGUGAGGAAAGAUCUUGAUGUAUUGUCUAAUGAUCAAGACCGGUACCUGAGAACCAUCGAAUACCUCAAAGGCUUGGAUUCAACGAAGAAGACGCACCUCGAAGCGGAAGUGAACACCUAUGCACUUCAGUCCCUCUUAAACUGGUGGGCAGAAUCUGCUAAAUCAGACAAAGAGUCAAGCUAUCACAUCGUAGCCUUGAUCUGGACGACAGUUCGAACACUAUGCAACAUCACUUCGCCUUUUAGUAAGGAAAUUGCCCAACACGCCACGAUGGUGUGUACUCUUUUGGGCAUCACGAAUGCGAUCACAUCUUUCGACGCAUCUACUCUUGACCGCAAGCUUUCGUUUGCCUUCAAAUACCCAGCAAAUACCCAGUCUCUGCGCAUUGAUAUGACCCAGUACGAGUUUCAGCUGAACCACUGCGGGCCUUAUAUGGACCGUAUGUUAGAUGCAAAGCCAGAUGCGAGAGUUUCUAGUUUUGUUCCAGAUGGCUGGCAACGAGACGUCCUUGACCAGCUUGACGCAAACAAAAGUGUCUUUGUGGUAGCGCCAACUUCGGCAGGUAAAACAUUCAUUAGUUUUUAUGCUAUGGAACAGGUCCUACGUGCUGACAAUGACGGCGUCCUUGUGUAUGUGGCACCUACGAAAGCUUUAGUCAAUCAAAUUGCAGCUGAAGUGCAAGGUCGAUUUUCUAAGAAAUACCCGAGCGCUGGCAAAGGUGUUUGGGCAAUUCAUACGAGAGACUAUCGCGUCAAUAACCCGACAGGAUGCCAAAUAUUGGUUACGGUUCCCCAUAUUCUGCAGAUUAUGCUACUCGCACCGACAAAUGCCAAGUCUUGGGCUCCACGAGUUCGACGUAUCAUCUUUGAUGAGAUCCAUUCCAUAGGCCAAGCAGAAGAUGGUGUUGUAUGGGAACAACUCCUUCUGCUGGCACCAUGUCCAAUUAUCGCAUUGUCUGCUACUGUCGGCAACCCUGGAGUCUUCAACGACUGGUUGACCGAGACACAAAAGGCUUCUGGAUCGGAAUUGAAGAUGAUCCAACACGGCACUCGUUAUUCCGACCUGCGCAAAUACAUGUACGAACCACCGAACGAUUUCCAGUUUGCUGGUUUUGGGAAAUCUUAUGGCCUAGGUCUUGGUCUUGAAGGUCUCGAAGGGUUUGAACAAUUUCAUCCAGUAGCCAGUCUAGUCGACAAAUCCCGUGGCAUGCCCGAUGACCUUGCUCUGGAACCUCGGGACUGUCUUUCUCUGUGGAAGGCCAUGUGCAAAUGUCAAACGGAAGCAUACAAGGUCCCCGAGUCCCUCAACCCUGCCAAAGCACUACCUGCAUGCAUUCGAAAGGCUGAUAUUUUUGCUUGGGAGAAGAACCUAAAGAAGGUUCUUCUACAAUGGAUGGCAGAUAGUCGCUCUCCUUUCGACCAACUCAUCAUUGAAUUAUCUCCUCGGGGUAAGGUGAAUGCAGUGGAUAAGACACUAGCAACUGACUCGUCCGUCACCAAUGGCGAUCAUUUAGAUCCUCUGAGUCUCAAAGCGACAACUUUGCCAUUGCUAUAUCAGCUGCACAAGCGCCGAGCGCUCCCUGCUAUUCUGUUCAAUUAUGACCGAAGCCAGUGUGAAGAAAUUGCAUUUGCAGUGUUGGAACAGCUUUCCGAAGCCGAGGCUCGAUGGAAGCAGGGACCUCAAUGGAAAAAGCUUAUGGAAGGAUAUGAGAAAUAUCAAGAGCAGAAAGACAAGAAGGCUCGAAAACCGGCUAAGCCGGCCAAAAAGAGCAAGGAUGCAGACGAUGAAGGCGGAUCUAAGAUGGAUCGAAUGCGGGACGAGGCAUCUGAUGGAUCAUCACAAUAUGAUCUUUUCGACCCAGAGGCACCCCAGGCCGACUUCAGCUUUGCAGAUCCCAAGAAGCUCCAGAAGGCUGAGUUGGACGAGUACAUCCGUGCUCUGAGAUGGAAGGAUAUUAGGGAAGAGCUGAUCGAAUUGCUUAAGAGAGGAGUAGGUGUUCAUCAUGCUGGUAUGAAUCGAAAGUAUCGACAAUGUGUGGAAAUGUUGUUCCGACGAGGCUUUCUUCGGGUAGUGGUCGCAACAGGCACUCUAAGUCUUGGUAUUAACAUGCCCUGCGCAACUGUAGUCUUCUCCGGAGACUCGGUCUUCCUGACAGCUCUAAAUUUCCGACAAGCAGCUGGUCGUUCUGGUCGUCGAGGCUUCGACUUACUUGGUAAUGUUGUAUUCCAAGGCAUUGACAGAGAACGAGCAAGCAGAUUGUUGAGCUCAAGACUCCCGGAACUUACAGGGCAUUUCCCAAUCACGACAACACUGGUCCUGCGACUAUUUACUCUUUUGAAUGGCUCAAACAAAUCACUUUAUGCGGAGAAGGCCAUCAACUCGCUCCUUUCGCAGCCACGUCUUUACCUUGGUGGGCAAAGCUUUAAAGAGCAAGUCUUGCACCAUCUACGAUUCUCCAUUGAAUAUUUACGCCGCAAUGAAUUACUAGGCCCGGGUGGUGAGCCCGUCAACUUCACAAGCUGCGUUUCUCAUCUAUACUUCACAGAGAAUUCUUCAUUCGCAUUUCAUGCUCUCUUGAAAGGUGGUUAUUUCCACAAGCUCUGUGUCGACCUCGAUGCCAAGACAGAUAUGGUAUUGCACGAAAUGAUCCUCGUGCUUAGCCAUCUAUUUGGGCGUCAGGUUUGUCGGGAAGUGGAUGAUCCGGAGGAAGUGGAGAAAAUCAAGAGGUCUCCAUCAAUCGUAUAUCUCCCUUCCAUGCCUGAGGAUGCUACGAAAAUUCUACGGAGGCACAACAAGGAUACCCUUGACAUCUUCACUACUUAUGUGAAGACGUUCGCGGCUCAGCAUGUCAAGGAAGAAGAGGGCCAACUGCCUCUGACCCAUACACCCGUCGGAGUAUUAUCUGAAAAGCGUGCCAAUGGUCACGCAAAUGGCACCGUACCCACCAAUGGCGAUGGAAAAGAGUACCCAUCAACCGUUGAAUUCAUCCCAAGCCUUCCUGCUCCCCACGCAAGAUCCGCUUUCGUGGCCCUCUCGGGUCUUGGAGACGAAUUCACGACUAUCGAAGAUCUGUGCUCCUCUACCCGCGACGGCAUCUUCCUCGAGGCUGCCGUCAUACCACAUCUAGAGAUUCAUCCUGAUGAGACGAGGACCCCGUUGAAUGCUUACCUCCUCGAUUUCUACAUGCAUGGCGCUGUGGAGCCGCUUGAGCUAGCUAAUGGUAUUAGAAAGUCCGACGUUUGGUUCGUGCUGAACGAUUUCUCCAUGGUGCUAGCAACAAUCGCAACAUCUCUGGCCCUGUAUCUCGGACUUGACUCCGAUGCAGAUCCUGAGAUGCUUGAUAUUAUGGGCAGUGGAGAUGCGGCCGAGAACGAUGCCGAUGCAGAGGUCGCUGCUAAGACGGAGCCUGAGCCUGCUGCAGCUGCGAAAUCCAAUGCUCCAACUCAAGGGGCUCCCAUCAGAAAGAGCAAGAAGGUUGCUGACGAUUGGGGUGCGAGUGAAGACGCAAUGGUUGCCGAGGAGGAUUACCUUAACAGUGAACGACUGAAUGGCACCGGUGCGACGGAUGAUGAAGAAUACGACAAACUGAUGAAUGUGUACAAAGCAUUCCGCAAGCUGAAGACGGAAUUCGAUGAGAAGUUCAGAGCUAUCUGGGCCUAG